CAGAUCCUCGGACUCUAGUUUCAGAGCCAGACACACAGAUUGCUGGAGGAACUCUGCAGGCCGGACAGCAUCCAUGGAAGUGAAUAAACGGUCGAUGUUUUGGACCGGGAAGAGAAAGGGAAGAUUUUCAGAAUAAUAAGAGCCUGACAGAGUUGUUCCUUUUGCAUCAUGAACCUUAAACUAGAGGUGCUUCUGUCUGCCAGCAUUAAGCAGAAGAAACCUUGGCCACGCCUGCACUGGAUUGGACAGGAGAAGGAGGCCAUUCUACUGAAUGAUGAGCAGCGAUUGAGCGUGCUCAAUCUGAAUACAGGCCGGACACAGAGCAAGAUUCCCAAGGUGCAGCCCCUACUGAAGAACGUGCUGAGUGUUGCCACCUCUGCCAGCGGUACCUGGCUGGCAGGAGUGUUGACGACAGGAGAACUCUUCCUGUGGAAGAAGGAUGCGGACUGUCUGAAGACAGUGGGGGCAGUGGAAGAGGUGGGCACAUUGACAGCGGCUGCCCAGGAGUCUGCUGUAAAGCUGUUCUUGUUUGUGACGAACAAUGGGAAGCGGGUUCUCCUGCUCGGUCAGACAGGCACAGCAUUUCUUUGGGAAAGUACUGAGCAGCAAGAUUUGCCAGAUGUUCCCGGACUCCGGCUGAAUGGGCAGUGGGCUCAGAUCUUACCCAGUGACCAGGCCAGACUUCCCCAGGAAGAGGACAAGGAGAGUGCCGUACAUGCGGUCUUUGUCACUGAUGAGGUACUGGGGGACUGCUGCUUCUGCUCCUUUGCCUUUGUCUCCAGUGAUGCUCUGGUGUUGACCACCUUGAAACUGAAGUGGUUUGAGCAAGUGGAACGCUCUGUUAGUGCUGUGCCAUUCUGUGCACAAUGGACAACAGAGGUCCAGGCUCUGGGGGUCCUGAGCCCAGCCUGUCAGCCGGUGAAGUUGAGAGGAGCUCUGCUGUCUGCCUUCUCUGGGGACGCGCUGGUGCUGGCUGUUGUUAUUAAUCAGAAUGAUCCCAAGGCCUCUCAAGUACUGUUUGUGAACCCUAUGAAUGGGGUGGCCGUGUCGAGCAGCCUGCAGGGUUGUGGCAGCAGUGAGUGCCCUGUGCCAACUAACUUUAUCAGAUCCUACUGGGUGGGAGGAGUGAGCUGGACACACGAUGCCCUCUUCCUCAUCUGUAUACUGAAGCGUGGAUCAGUGCUGCUCCUGUCCCGACUUGGGGAGCUGAUGACCCUCACCACGUUUGGCAGCUCUGUGGAGUUUGGCCCAGCAGAAUUCAUCCCUCUGCAUCCAUUAAUAACGUACAGACAGCCUGCGCCGCUGGACGCUGACCACACACGGACCAGUGGCUCCCCCACUUCAGAAAGUGACUCAAUGAGGCAGCGCUUUUCUCUGGCGGCCCAUCCUUGCCUACCCUACCUCAUUGUGUCCGAUGGUUAUAUGUUUACAGUUCUGCGGUUUGCAGAACACAUUUCUGCAUCAACCCUUCUGAAGUCCCUGUUACUGGACGUGACCCAGGGCCUAGAGGAUGUACGGAACCUGCUAGUGAGCUCUGAGGGGGCAGACCCGAAGCGCUGGAUACCACCCAUGACUUCCCUGAGCAGAAGUGUCCUACAGGGAUGGGAAACACAGGAUCCUGGAACGUGGACACCUCCUCCAUUCCUAAAGGACCAAAAGUCAGAAGACGAUGAGGCUGAGGAAGGUGAUGAAUCUGAAGAUGAUGCUCCAUGCCCUAGUGCUCACAGCGUGAUGGACCAGGGCCACCUGGAAUUUGCCUGUAUGUUUGACACCCUCCACGCCAAGCGGGGUGGACAGGCCAACCAGCUGGAGGCCAAGCUGGGGCAGGUUCAGAACAGCCUGUUGCUGGCCUGGAGUUUGGGGACGUCCAUGAAGGAGGUUGAGGGCAGGCACCUGCUCAUGCAGUACACAGUCCGCGCCAUACUGCAGUUUGCCCGCCUGCUCCCAUUUGCCCCGGCCUCUGUGCCGAGCUCAGUGGUAAAUGUGAGGGGUAAGCUGGUGAGCAAAGCCCUAAGAAGGAGCUCUGGCAUUUUCCAGACCCUGCAGCUGCUGCGGUAUUGCCUGACUGUGCUGUACUGGGACUCAGUACACAAACAUUGCCUUGCUCAUGUUGUGAGCCUCUCGUCCGGCAUUGUGAAACUAAUUCUCUCAGGAAAGCUGGGAGCGUCACCCUCCUCACAGUCACUCCUGAGCAGCCUCCUGGUGCUCAAGCUGUCUUCCCUCCAUCUGAAUGCAGUGUAUUCUCUGCAGGCGGAGAACACACAACUCUCCCCGGACGGGGUGUCCACCUCCCUCCCAGCAGCAGAUCCUGAGAACAAGCUUUGCAAUCUCACACUAAAAGAGCUGCCUUUUCAGACCAUGCAAACUGCCCAGGCGCCCUCACACAGGCUAGCUUUUAUCUGGCGACUCUUGUACCAACAUGUGUUGCAACAUCAUUCCCAUCUCCGGAAACUCCAGAGACAGUCAAACAGAGGCAGCACCAGGAAGAAACUUCAACGUGAAUUGGAUCUCCUAACAUCAGUCCUUUCCCAGGCUCAGGCAGCCCUGCAGACAAUGGGAGAGAGACUGGGAACACAGCGGAAGCUCAAACCAUUCAUGGGUGAGGAGCACUUCCUUUUGGGCUCCUACCUGGAAUCCGUGCAGAUCUGGAAGACCGCCAUGCAGGAGGAGAUAGGCAGAGGAGGAAAGAGACUGGUCUACCUGCAGACUAGAUACAGCCUGGCCAUUCUCUACACUCACCUGUACCUGUAUAACCUGAGUGCUGCCCAGGACCUCUGCGACCAGCUUCUGAGGCACAUGCUGAGUACAGAGCAGACAAAUGUCUCCCCAGGCCUGGGUAUUGCCGAUGUUGCUGCUGUGGCAGUGCUUCAGUCUCUGUCUCGAUUCAUGGCCCUCUAUUUCACUAACCAGCCUCUGUAUGUGCUGCCCCCUCACCACAUCGACGUUCUGCCUCCCCUGCACUUCAGACCGGGUUGCCUGCCCCGGCUGGUCCCCGUCGAUCGGGCCCGUGUAGCCGCAGCAGUGCGUGAGCAGCACCUGUCUGCCAUCUGGAGUGUUGAACGUGCAGUGGAGCUGAUGCUGAUUGCCAGGCUCCUCCCUGAAGCUGUGUGGGUGGCCCUGAGACUGGGUGACUGGAAGGCCGCAGUGGUGCUGGGCCUGGCUUUCAAUCUGUAUGAGAAGCGGAUUCCUCCGUACGCCCGAAGUCAUUGGAGAUCACUCCAUCUAACAAGAGAACUUCAUCCAUCGCAGAUCUUCCAAGAUAAACUCCGGGCACUGUUGGGUCAUGCACCAAAGACAGACGUGGCUUUGCCAGAUUUAACCGUGGCUCCAGGUGCCAACACCAAACUGUUGACAGAUUCAAUUGAGGAGGAGGAUGCCGAUGUGAUGUUCAGCUCAGUACAGGAAAUCCUAAAGGCAGCUGUGAUGGCAGAUGCAGACGUGCUGUCAGGGACCUUUGACCUUCUGAUGCAAACGGUGAAGGACCUUGCUGUGCAGCUACCCGGGCUGGUGCCUGAUGGCUUGUACCUGCCUGCUCCUCCGCUGUAUUGCCCUCAGCCAGCUGUGCUCAGUGAGGGUAGUGUGGAGGAUCUCGGCUUGUCCAGAGAGAGAGGAACUCGGCAGAAACUUUCAGGGGUCCUGCAGCGAGUCCUUCUGCUCCUUAGGGCUGCCCGGUGCUCCCUUCCAGCCGCUCGCUGGUACAUUGGUAAACUCCAACACAGCCGAAAGGUCAUGAACAAGAUCAGGAAGAAGUCUGGUCUCGGCCCACUUCGUCCCUUCCCUAACUCGCUGCUACAGUACGGUAAAGCCCAGAGUAGCUUCUUCAGACCAGGAGCCGGGGACCAUGGAAACUCUGAUGUAAUCUCUGUAAAGGUUGUUGGCUCCUUCCGCGACCUCUGUGCAUUGUGUUGGAUGUUCCACGUUCGCGAGCAGCUGAGCGAGAGGUGUCGCAAGUUCCAGGCAGCCAGAGACAAUGCCAGAUCCUCUCAGGACAGUGAGCUGGCAGCUGAGUACGAUGCCGCUGUGGUUGACCAUUGCCUCGCAUCCCUGGAGUGGGCCUGUCGAAUGCUGCCCUUUGCCAGGUUCAUGAACAUGGAAGAGCUCGUGCAGGAUAUCGUGCUCAGCCUGAUUAAUGAACUUCCUCCCAUCAGGAAGGUGGCUGAAAUUGUGCUCAGGGCCUUUCCUGACGCAGAAGAUGUUCGGGUGCCUUUGAGAGACAAGCACCACACAUUGCAGCAGCGUUUGCGACACAGCGUGGUGCAAGGCCCCAAUGGAGAGGAGAUGAUGUCAGUUGUGUUGCAUGAACUGUACCGGCAGAGGAUGAAGAUGUUGAGACGGCUGGUGCGGAACAUCGGCCCCAGAGAGCAGCAUAUAUGGGAACGGGCUGAAGAGGGUUCGAGAGAACGAGAGGAGGAGGUGCACGAUCAGUCCUCUUUAGGGACCAGUCUGAGCAGAAGCACUCUGACAGACACCUGGAGAUCGCAGACCCAGAGUGAAGGGGACACAACGGACAGCGUGUCAGUGGAGCUUCACGACAUGAGCAAGUGGCAGGGCAGUGCCUGGCAGCAAGCAGGCAUCACGGACAGGGACACACAGUCCAGUCAGCGAGGGACAUCGGGAGCCAGAGAUGAUGGUCCAGAGUACAGGGAGUCCAGAACAUCCCAAAUCGAUGGGGAGAUAGGGGAUAAUGAGCCUCAGCUGCCCCUAGUGGGGUCAUGGGAGUUUGAGCUUGAUGACGAGGAGUACGUGGACUUUCUGGAGCUGUUCCUGACCUACCUGUUGGAGAGAGAUCAGGUCGUGAAUGAGGGCCCCAACAUCCCACUGCUGACCAGCUGCUCUGAGUACCUGAGGGAACAAGAACUCAACUCGCUGACUUUCCAUGUCCAGGGCACCUUAAAGCGGCGGCAGGGCAGACUUAGAAUGUCUGAGGACACCUUCACAGCAAGGAGUACUUCUAGCUUAACAUCUGAACUGCCUCAGAACGAGAGCGUGAGCUGUGGAGAAAGGACAAAGGCUACUGCCUUCUCCCCUGUUCCAGGCACACCCCACUCCACCAGCCGCUCACCAGCGCCUCCUGCUGAGGGCAGUUUUCACAGCUGCUUUCCCGCUGUCAUCACGCAGGGCAGGGGCAGAACCAGGGGUUUGUUUGGUUCAUGGCCGCAGGCUGUAUCCGCUCCGCAAGAUGUGUCCAGGCAGUGGGGUACACUGACCGACAGUCUGCCCGCCCCUGAGUGUCAGUCAAUGACAUCCCUGUUGAACCAGGACCUCACUCCUGAAUUGGAGGCCAGGUUUCCAGACACGGCCAAACUGCUGGAGUGGAUGGUUCGAUGGUCAGACCGGAGGCUGCUGUACGGGCCGCACAGAGUGGAGAUGCUGCCCGUCCACAGCUCUGCCAUCCGGGUGAGGACAUCUGUGGCUGCCAUCCUUCACUCCCUGUGGCUGCUGGACAAGAGCCUGGACAUUGACACAUCUCGCCCGAAUACCUACAAGGACUCUGAAGAGGAGCGAGCUACAGAUUGUGUCUGCCAACCCAGGCCGAGGUUGGGCAGGAAUGUCGGCUCCUCUGGGAUACCCAAGGUGGGGUGUGGGAUUGACGUUGGCAGAAAUGUUGAACCUUUCCAGCAGUCGGAUCAUGUAGAAACCAUUCAGGUGCAGGAGUCCGGUGAUGCGGAUCAUCUCCACGACAGACAGGAUAUGACGUCAGAUUCCGACAGCAGAACUGAUGAAGAGGAGUCGGGGGUUGAUCCAGUGUCACCUGCUCCGGAACAGGGUGCCAAGCUCACUGUAGCCAGAGUGGAUGCGGAGGAUGAGGGGGAGCCAGGACUAUGCACUUCCUUCAGCCCCUGUAUGUCCAUCAGCAUCACGCCCAAGCCCAGGGCAAGUCUCAGAGCCAGGGUCAUGGUGGAUGCAGAGGGUGCUCCGGACGAGCCAGUCAGGAUGGACCCUCAGGAAAAGUUGGACAGAUCCGUAAGCAUGGAUCCCAGAGAACAUGGAAAACGAGUAGAUAAUCCCAAAGGAGCAGAUCGCAGAGGGAGAAGGAGUAAACCCAAGGGCUCGCGUCACAGAAAGAGGGAAAAUAAACUCAGAAGCAGAGAUCCUAAAGGGCAAAUGGAUAAGCCCAGGGGCUGUGAUCCCAGAGAUCGGUCGGAUAAGUCCAGGGGCCCUGAUCCCAGAGAUCAAAUGGAUAAGCCCAGGGGCUCUGAUCCCAGACAGCGAACGGAUGAGCCCAGAGACACUGAUCCCAGAGAUCGGUCGGAUAACCCCAUGGGUCCUGAUCCCAGAGAGCAGACGGAUGAGCCCACGGGCAUUGAUCCCAGAGAUCGGUCGGAUAAGCCCGGGGGCUCUGAUCCCAGAGAUCGAAUGGAUAAGCCCAUGGGCCCUGAUUCCAGACAGCGAACCGAUGAGUCCACGGGCCCUGAUCCCAGAGAUCGAAUGGGCACUGAUCCCAGACAGCGAACGGAUGAGUCCGCAGGCACUGAUCCCAGAGAUCGAAUGGAUAAGCCUAUGGGCCCUGAUCCCAGAGAGCAGACGGAUGAGCCCAGAGACACUGAUCCCAGAGAAUGGAUGCAUAAGCCCAUAACUGAGGCCCUUGGUCAGCGAUUGAAUGGACACAAGACUGCAAGCUCUGACUGGGUGUACCCCUCCCUGGAGCAGGCUGCUUCAGGUGGUCAGUCCAUGUCUGGACAGGUUACUGAUGCCUGUAAGGAGACCCCUGUCACCCAGGCCACAGCAACAGUGCUUCAAGGAACCAUCACCUCUGACGUCAGACAUUUGCUUCAUAAUGAGAUGCUUAAGCUGGUUCAGCUCCAGCAAAUGAACUUCAUGAGCCUGUUGCAGACGGUUGGAUCGUCACUGCUGCAAGUACCUGGCUCUCAGCCUCCAGGGUCCGUACCCAGCCCCACCCUUGCUCCAGCAGCACCUUGUCCCAGCACAAACCCACCUCCCACCGAACACGAGGCUGCCCCAGGAGAGCAGGGGCGCAAGCAAGUACCUAUGGAAGACAGUCUACCCCUUCAGAGACCCAGCAGUCUACCAGAAGAGAGAGCUGUUCACCUCAGGAGCCCAGAGAAUUUACCAGCCCUCCCGAGGCCUGAAGACGCUAGUGUGGGUGGAGGGCAACAGCUCCCUAAGGUUCUGCAUACGACUCUGCCCCAGCCUCUACUCAAGAGCGGUCAUGGAGCCCCGUGGCAGCCGAUUCCUGGGCCCUGUUCCAGCUGUGGGCUCCCACUGCUGCACCUGCAGCCCCAGGGUCAGCUGAGACGCCCCCCAUUCGCCAACCCUCAGCCACGGGAGGCCUGGGCACCCCCUACCCUUGCGUCACAGCCCUCCAUUCCCCCUCACCUGAACUCAGCUGCAUACAAGGCGGGGGUGCCCAGCCGGGCUGAGGAUGGUGGGUGGAGGGAGAGCCUGACCAGGAAUCAGGGACUGAGGGCAGGAAGAUCCCGGAGCCUCCCUCUGCACAGCCUCUACCCCCCGCAGCGAGCCCUGCCUCUCCUCCGCCUCCCUCAGCCCACACACACCCCGCUCUUCCCACUCUCUCUGGCCCAGUGCCUCCCCACACAACAGAAGCUUCUCGCCACCCCACUCUGCUACAGCAGCCGCUGUCUGGAACCUCAGGUGUCUGUGCUCCACCCGCCGAGGUUGGUCCCGGCUCAGGACAUUAUUGCCUUUGAACAAGGCCGUCUGCACCGAGCUCAACAAAGCCCAGGAGGGACACAAGCUGAAACCUUCCACAUGCUGAGAGUGAAUCUGCAGCCAUUCGAGCCCAGCACUCAACGCAACGGGAAACAGAGGCUGAGGCGACGAGAGAGACAAAGAAUAGAGAAGACAGUUCAUAAAGCACCACAACCCAAGCAGUCUGUGAUCAGCCCUGACCCACCCUCUCCCCCAGCCGAAAGCAGGAAGGAACCAUUCGAUGAUCCACCUGAACCUGAUCCUUCGCAAUGUGGGACCGUCCCGCAAGGUCCAGGUGUUUCCCUCUUGCCUGACCAGGACUUGGCGAGCUCCCCCUUUAUAACUGCUGCGGAAUUGCACUGCUUUGCGUCCACCAGGAAGAAUGCUGAGGAGAGGAGGGACGCCAGUACCAACACCGACCAGGGAGCCGAGACCCUGACCCAGACAUCCACAGCUCCUAAAUCGUACCGGGAUGCUGGGAUUCUCACCUGCUCUGAGAUUGAAGACCACCCACCAACUGCCACUGCAGCUCCUAAAUCAUACCGGGACGCUGGGAUUCUCGCCUGCUCUGACAUUGAGGACCAUCCAUCCACAGCCGCUGCAGUUCCACAGCCUCGGACUGCUGAGCCUCAGUUUCAGGUCCUGCCUCCAAACAUCAUCGUGAACCUCCGGUUUCCAGGUGAAGAAUGCCAGGAAUCCCAAUUCCUACCCACGUCUGAGCAGACGUUGCCCGGUCACAGCUUCCUGACAAUUGUUGACAUUGAUGCCAGUGAGCUGCCUGAUCUGCCAGCCAGCGCUGCCGUGACCGAACCACCGCCCUCAGCACAGGAUGAGGCCUUGUCCAUUCCUGCUCUACACAUGAUGGCUGCCUCAGUGACAAACGCUGCUCCACCGGGCACUUGCCCGCUGCAGGAGAGCCCACACGCUGGCUCAGUGCAGUCCAGCCCUGAGGACUGCGAGCAGCAGCUGGCUGUGGAUGAGCUAACACAGAAACUCUUGCAGAAGAGGAGCUCCCCAGCGUGGACACCCCGCCAAGCCUCUACCCAUGGUACCCACCAGGUCGCAGCCCAGCUGAGUGAGAUGGAACUGCAGCUCAGUGCCCUGCAGGACAUUGCCAUCAGCAUGGAGCAGGAUUUUGCCAACACCAAAAUGCUGAUAAACACCAUCGAGCACCUGGGCUGUGCAGUCGAUCUGCGGGGACCAGCAGACCACUCCAAUUCACCGCUGACACAGGAUUCGUGCGUGACAUGUGAGCCGGCUGAGGAGGAGGCUGUGGACCAGUGUCCCCUGCGUGAGGCUGCUGGAUCCUGCGGGAGCAGAUGUCUACCCCUGUCCACCCAGGAGGUAGCUGAGGGAUGGUGUGAGGCAAAGCCGGCCACCGGAUGCUGUGAACACUGGAGCUCAAGUAGACGUACCAAUGUGGAGGAUGGCGGGUGUCCGCGAGUGCUGGCAGCAGCAGCAGCUACCCUGGGAUCCAGGGGGUGUGUUGGCUCGGCCCGUCUCUUCUCCCGGUCGUCUCUCACUCCGCAGCCAGCUCACACCCCCGUGUCAGUUCUCAUCCAGGAGGAACCAAGGUUCAAGGUGGUGCGAGGAGGACGGGACCACCGCUCAACACCACUCAUUGCUGCUGAGAACAAUCGGCAGUGUGCUGCUCACAGUGGACCAAUGGGAGAAAUGGAGAGGCCCCCGGACGAGCGGCUGGAUCUAAGCGGGGUCAGCGAUAUCAUUGGCGAUCUGCUCAACGAGGGCAAACUCUCCGCAGAGGCCUUGGGUCUGAGCCAGGGGCAGGCCCAGUACCUUUCCAGAUGUUCCAAGGUUGCAAAGAGAAGUGAACAGGAACGGAAGGAGAUCCAGGAGUGGAUGAUACGCAAGAGGCGGCAGAGACUUGAAGCUUAUCUGGGGAAUCGGAAUGAAUUGAGGGAAAGGGAACGAAGACCUUACGUUACGAAGGAUAAGAGGAAAACUUUUAGCAGCAGAGAAAUCAAAGAAAUUCAGAAGAAAACAGCAAUGAGGAAAAGGGUCACUCUGAUAGAGAACCGUGAGCAGCGGACCCGCGCAGCCCUGCGCCUGAUGAAUGAGAUGUUGUCCGACUCUGCUCAACUUUUCAGUGCUCAGCCCAGGGCUCGGGCUGAAGGGCCAGUCAGGACUGCUGAGCGGAGCCAGGGCCAGGGCCAAUCGGGCAGCUCGGCGCGGGGGAGGGGUGCUGCCUCCCGCAGUAUGUCGGCCUCUGGAACACGUCGCAGCCUCUCGAGCACCUUCUCCAUGGGACGGGCUUGUCCAGUCUCCUCACCAGGACGGGGGCACCAACCGGACGGCCCCACGCUCCAAGACCACCUUCCUGCCGAGGAUCAGAGUGACUCCGACUCACUGUCACCGUGGAGCCCCCCGGAAUAUAUCCAGGAUAUCCUGGACCGGGAGACUCACCUCUUCCUACAGGGAGGUGACGAGGAGGAGAGGUUGCCUGGGGCAGAGCCGGACCUGUGUGAAGUUCAGUCUGACACCACUGACACCAUCCUGUGUAACCUGGACUGGAACGUCGUUAACAACAUGGUGGGUGGUAUGGGAGAGCUGUGAAGCCUUGGAGCUCGCUGUACAACCGCCUCCUCCCCUGUACACACCCGGAGCUCGCUGGACAACCUCCUCCUCCCCUGUACACACCCAGAGCUUAAUCUACACAUCCCCCUGUACACACUGGGAACUUGCUGUACACCUCCACACUGUCUCCACACAUCGUUUACCUCCCACACUGCGCAAGGCUUCCAUAACCCAUUUGAAUCCACUUUACACCCACAGAACUCCCUGUUGUCCAUCUGACACCCUGCCACGCACACCAAUAAAUUGCUGUACACUGAAUUCACUCUAUACUCCUGCACUCUUCCUCAGCACAAUAGACCAUAGAACACACCAUCACUCUCCAUUCCCACCAUCGGCCCUCAAAACCCAGAAACCCACUGUAACUUUUCUAAAUUCAUGGCAUUCUGCUCUAAGUCACUCCCUACAUCUCUGCAUCAACUCCCUUACCCUGGCACACUGUACACUUACCUCACUUACAAACACACCUCACACCACAGACUCACCAAACACACGUCACACCACAGACUCACCAAACACACCUCACACCACAGACUCACCAAACACACGUCACACCACAGACUCACCAAACACACCUCACACCACAGACUCACCAAACACACCUCACACCACAGACUCACCGUACACCUCCAAAACGCACCUCACACCACAGACUCACUGUACACCUCCGAAACGCACCUUACACUACGGACACCGGACAUUGCAGAUCCCUCCCCAAGUCCACCAGAAUCCCACAUUACAUUCCAAAAACACACAGUAAGUUCUCCAAACCCCUACAUAAAUCAACAUUGUAACCCCUCCUUAUUUUCCCUAACCCCACUGUACAGCACCCAUGGUAAACCUGCAAAGACAAACUUAACCCUCUCAGUAAUGUACAACUGCAUUGCGUGUGACUCUUGUGACUUCGGCUACGCAUUAAACGACCCUCACUCUGAGUAAACCGUACUCUAUACACAAGCGAGCAUUUUGUACCUUUGGAUCAGCUGUGGUCCACUGUCCCAGGAAAAGCGGAACACUUGGAAUAGUCCAUAUGCAGCGAUGAGAACAACUAUUUGUGAGCCAACUUUCUGUUAUUGGAAGGACUGCAAACUGGGGAAUAUUUAUUUGUAGAUUUUGUACUAUUUUACA